ACACUACGGGAGAGCAGUUUGAUAAAUAUGAAUGACGCACGUGCCUCUCCGGCAACUCAAGCUCAACAAACUGCGGUACCUUCGUCAGCUAAUCUCGACAUAAAUACAGAUGAAAUAAUGCAAUGGAUUAUUGAUCUCCGAGAUCCACCAAAACGUGAAGCGGCUCUUCUUGAACUGAGCAAGAAAAGGGAUAGUGUCCCUGAUCUUCCUAUUUGGCUUUGGCAUUCAUUUGGUACCAUGUCGGCACUUCUUCAGGAGGUGGUCGCCAUAUAUCCAGCCAUAAUGCCAGCCAAUUUGACUGCUGCACAAUCGAAUCGUGUCUGUAAUGCACUUGCAUUGAUGCAAUGCGUUGCUUCACAUCGUGAUACACGUGGACCAUUCCUUCAUGCUCAUAUUCCACUAUAUCUCUAUCCAUUUUUGCAUACAACCAAAGUUUCACGUUCUUUUGAAUAUCUUCGUCUCACCUCACUCGGAGUUAUUGGAGCUCUCGUGAAGACUGAUGAUAAAGAGCAACUGCUCAUUGUCAUCAACUUCUUGCUCUCCACUGAAAUCAUUCCUUUGUGUCUUCGAAUCAUGGAACAAGGCACCGAACUUUCGAAAACAGUCGCCACUUUUAUCCUUCAAAAGAUUCUUCUCGAUGAUACCGGUCUCUUGUACAUUUGCCAAACCUACGAACGUUUCAGUCACGUUGUGCUCAUUCUCGGAAAGAUGGUCAUGAAGCUCACCCGUGAGCCUUCGGUUCGACUUUUGAAACACGUCGUUCGUUGCUACAGUCGAUUGAGUGAUAACCCAACCUUGACAAUCGAUGCUCCACGUGGACAAGGUGCAGCUCCUGGACAAAUAGUGAAAAUGCGUGCCUCUUUAGCACUCAAACAAUGUCUUCCGGAUCAAUUGAAAGAUUUGACAUUCAAGUCACUACUCAAGGAGGAUCCAAGUACAAUGAACUGGCUGAGACAACUAUUGACAACUCUUGAAAUUGACGGAACCAUUCUUCACGACGAAGAACUGAUGCCAAAGUGAUCUACCUCGUCUUCUUCGUCCUACUACUUCAUUCUUUCCGCUGCUCUACGUCUCGUCACUUCUCUCUCUCUCUCUCCCUUCUUUUUUUUUGCUUUUUUUAUUCAUCACCCUGUAUUGAUCAUCUGAUUUCGUUAGAUUUUCCAUCUGAAAGUAUAUUGAAAUCUCCCCAUUUUGACAUACCAAAUAUACAUAAUUUAUAGUUUUUAGAGUUACCACACAAAAAUCAUCACAAUGGGUAUGAUAUCUCUUCAUUUUUUCGUUCCCCCUUCCCCCACUCGAAUAUUUCCAGUUUUGUGAAUAUGUCCCUCAAAAGUACCAAAGAGUAUUGUUACAUACUCCCCCUCUUUCGUUUUUCAUCUUUUUUCAGCAGAAUCUCUAUCCUCUUCUUUUUUUGUUGAUAAUUUUGUCUCUUUGAAAUGUUCAAUUUUUCUCUAUAUAUAUAUAUACGUCUGUAGUUUUUAAUUUGGAAUCUUUUCAGAUGAGAAGGUCAAUUUGAUUUGCUUAGUAUUUUUUCGAGUGUACAGUUUCAAAAUGUGAAGCAAUCAAAUUUUCCUUUUUUUUCUGUUCUGGCCACUGAACACGAACCCUACUUUUUCCAUUUUUUUGUCCCUCUCAUUUACAUGCCCCCUUUCUUCUCAAUAAAAGUGACUGGUACU